AUGUCUCAUGCUUACUCCUCGAAAAUCCUACAGGACUCAGAUAAACGAGAACUGUCUUUGAACGCUUCAUCACUAUCAUCUACGAAGUCUUCAUCAUCUGGAUCUUUACUACCGAACUCAAGUGACUCUACUCAAAAUAUGGUAUCCAAUCGUCGAAUGGUGAAGUCAUGUUUCUGGUCAACAACUAUAUUUUCAAUCAAUUUUACAUCAUCAAUUCUCGUUAUUAAUCUAGCCAAAUGGAUCUAUGUUAAACAUCAUUUUCCAAAUCUAACGUUGACAACGAUCAAUUUCUUUAUCACAUCUUUAUUUUUAAUCAUUUGUUUACAAUUCAAAUUAUUUUCUUAUAUUAAAUUACCAAUUUUGAGUAUGAUUCCUGUGUCUGCAUGUUUCGGCGGAUUCAUUGCAUUUAGCAAUCUCUCGCUUCAGUAUAACACUGUUGGCACAUAUCAACUUAUCAAAUUACAAGUCACACCGACUGUCAUGUUAAUCAGUUGGAUGUUUUUCAAAGCGCAUUAUCCACUUCCAAUCGUCUUAUCAUUCUUGCCAGUAUUCAUCGGAACACUAAUUAGUACUUAUUAUGAUUUACAAUUCAAUAGUUUCGGUCUAUUCUGCGCGGUGAUGUCGAUGCUGUUUACGGCUAUCUAUCAAAUACUGGUCGAGCAUUAUCAAAAAUCGUACAACUGUGAUUCUUUACAGUUAUUAUUUUAUCAAGCUCCACUAUCUGGUCUCUUACUUUUACUAAUCCUUCCAUUUUUCGAACCGAUCUCCAACUUAGGCAAAUUCAUAAAUAUCGAUAUAAUUGCAUUGGUAUUACUCUGUGGUCUUGUGGCUUUCUUCGUCAACUUUUCCGUGUUUUGGGUGAUUGGAAAUCUGUCUGCUGUGGCGUACAAUAUGAUUGGCCAUUCAAAGACUUUAUUAAUCAUUUUCAUCGGCUCGUUUAUAUUCCGCGAACCGUUGAAUCAACGACAAAUGACAACAUCAGCAUCGUAUGCAAUUGGAAUCGAUGUUGGAACGGGAAGUGUUCGUUGCAUGAUCUUCGAUGAAAAAUGGACACCCAUCGCGCAAUGUCAAAAAGCAAUUCGUACAUUUCAUUCAUCAUCAGCUCCACUCGAAUAUGAACAAUCAUCGGAAGACAUUUGGCAAGCAAUUUGUUAUUGUGUUCGCAAAUGUCUUGAAGAAAAAGCAUUUACUUCAGAGCAGACCGCACGCAUCCGUUCAAUUGGCUUCGAUGCAACAUGUUCACUUGUUGUUGUUGAUGAAAAGUAUCAACCAGUUAGUGUGUCUCUCUCCGGUAAUGACGAACAAAAUAUUAUCAUGUGGCUUGAUCAUCGUGCACAUGCUGAAGCAGCUAUUAUUAAUAGUAGUUCAGAUGAAGUUUUGAAGAAUUUUGGUGGCAAGAUCAGUCUGGAAAUGCAACCAGGCAAAUUAAUGUGGUUGAAACGUCAUCUACCCCAAGAACAGUGGACACGCGCACGACACUUUUUCGAUCUACCUGAUUAUUUACAUUUCCGUGCAACCGAACAAUUGGAUCGAUCGUUUUGCUCGUCCGUAUGUAAACUAUGUUACCGAUCAUCGGAAAGUAAGCAUGGGUGGGACGAAAAAUUCUGGGCAAAAUUUGAUCUCGAUGAUUUAAUGGAAAAUAAAUGCGAAAAACUGGGUCAGAUCGUUCGAAAGCCAUUUUCCAAUUCAACAACGGAUGUUCUCAGUCAACAAGCAGCAGAUGAACUUGGUCUACCUCAGGGUAUUCAUGUUGGUGCGCCAUUGAUUGAUGCCUAUGCAGGAGCACUAGGUGGAUUAGCGUGCAAAUCACCGAUUCCUGAUACUAGCCUGUCCGAACGAUUGGUCAUCGUAGCUGGAACAUCGAGCUGUUUUAUGGCCUGUAGUGAAAAUGCUGUUUUUGUUCCGGGAGUUUGGGGUCCACAUUAUAAUGUCUUAAUUCCAAAUCUUUGGCUCAGUGAAGGCGGUCAAUCAGCCGCCGGUAAAUCCAUCGAUCAUGUCGUUCAAAGUCAUCCAGCUUAUGCUGAGUUAAAAGAAUUGGCAACCAAAGAAAAUAAAAGUACCUUCGAUGUGUUGAAUGAGAUUUUACACAAUUUACAAAAGAAGUAUAAGGUUGGAAAUAUUUCAUUUCUAAGCGGUGAUCUACACAUGACAAUCGAUUUUCAUGGUAAUCGUUCGCCAUUAGCUGAUCCCGAAUUGGGCGCCGCGAUCACCGGCCUUCGUUUCGAUACAUCAUUAAAUAACUUAGCUAUUCAAUACUUAGCUGUUAUACAAGCAGUUGCUUAUGACAGUCGACAUAUAAUUGAAGUGAUGACCAAAGCUGGACAUCAUUUUCGUGUCGUACAAAUUUGUGGAGGAUUAGCGCGUUUGCCUUUAUUCACACAAAUCCUUGCUGAUGUUAUUCAAAUGCCUGUGUAUGUCUCCGAUCCAGGUUUAGAUUGUGUCCUGUUGGGUUCAGCUAUAAGUGGUCAGCUGAUUGCUGAAACCGCUCAACAAGUGCAAGAUUUACUUAAUGAUAUCGCAUGUCCAAUAGAAACAUAUAUGCCCGAUGUGAAAAUGACGGACUUUCAUAAGGAUAAAUAUGAAAUUUACCGUUUAUUGCAAAAAGCUGAGAUUGAUAGUCGUAAACGUAUGAGUAAAUACUGUCAAUCAUAG